AUGAGGAGGAUGGAAAGGACAUCGCCAAAUACGUGGCCAACAAAAAUCUCGGAGAAGUGUGAGCAGCUAAAGCAGGAAGAGGCACAUCACACUGACCAGGCCAAUGCUUCAGCAUUUCGCAACUUGAAGGAUAAAUUGAAGGAGUCGAAGUUGUGCUCUGAGAAUGGAGACAAUGUUAUUUCAUCAUUGUCUGAAAAUGUGAAGAAUCCGGCAAUCGCCAAAUGGAUUUGCACUCAGGGCUUUGAACUGGCAGAGAUCAAAGUCGAUGAAUCCGCCUGCCACGAGACCAGUGAGCUCCUCCUGGGUGGCUUGCAAGAGCUGUCCAGGUCUGGGGAACCAACGGUGCAAGCGGCAAAGCUGGGGCUGUACUUGGUGAGAGCUGCAGUGAUUUUGGCCCCUCUACCUGGGCCCUUGGGUUGGAUUCUGGAUAAGGCCACUGAGAAACUCCUGAAACAACUCACCAAAGAUGCGGAAGAAGCAUUGGACAACUUGGAGAAGCUACUUCAGAGGCUCGAACAGAAGAUGUGGGACAUCAGCCGCAAAGUCGUGGCGGAGGAAUUUCUGCGUGUUGGUGGAGAACAAGUGAAAGUGGCUGAAGAUCAAGUGAAAGAUAUCGAGUCUAUAGAAGAAGAUGACCUGUGGCGUGAUUUGAUGAUCGAUUCCGUCGAUUCCUCUUCUGGUCAAGUGCAAAAGAUCAUGGACGCAGCCGAAAAGGCCACCAGUUUCAACCGCUGGGCUGCCAUUGAGCAAAGCUUAGCCACAAGCCUUGCCAUUUUGCGACCUCCUGAUUUCAUGGACACUUCUGACGAGAUGGAACCUUUCAUCAGAGUCAUGAAGAUUCAUUUCAUGAUCGAGCUCACAGUUCUUUCGCAUAUGUUUAAAGUGGUGAAAAAUACGAGCGGAAAGAGCUUCAAAAAAAUGGUCGUGGCCAAAGCACAUCGUGCUGCCCUGGCUGUUUUUCCAUACUUGUUUAUCAUUGGUGGUGACCAAGCUCUACUGGAAACCUUGAAAUCGCCUUUGCUGCAACCAGAUCCAGUGGAGAAUCCAGAAAGAAACCCUUGUAAGGAAACCGGUCACUCACUGGUCUGCGUGUGGUUGGAAUUGCUGAGCCAUUCAUCAAAGCGAGAUGCCCAAACUUUCAAAAGGCCUCAGGUGUUUUGCAAGAGGGAGCGUCUCAGUGACAGCAAGUACUACCAGCAGACACAGACGUUUGAUUUUGGCACUCAUGAUGGCGAAGGUGAAGGAUUCGGAGUCUUCAUCCAUUAUGUGAACAAUACAGAGGAGCUUUUGAACUUCAAAUGUUCCAGGGAUGAGCAAUACAUUUCUCAAUUUCAGGAGAUUCGUGACGAGAGCAAGUAUUGGGGAAAAGACACAGUAGCAGGAAAAUGUACGAAACUGGAGAAAGGGAGGGUGAAACGUCAUUUGAAAGUCACAUUCAGUGGCAGUUUGUGUUCAAAUAAGUUGACCUAUGGUGAUGUCUCAGUGGGUGAGCUCGUGUCAGUGAAAUUUGAAGAAGAAACCCACGAGCAGGUUCCUUGCGAUCACCCUCAUUGGCAGUUUAGCCGAAAAUUGAAAAGCAGCACUUGCUACAUUUCAAACAUCUACAUGCCCUGA